AUGGCGGGGUCGACAAGCCCUGGGGUAUCCCAGGGCUCAGUAGCUGCGGCUUCGGAGCCGGGAGCAGCAGCAGCAAAGGGAGCAGCGGGAACAGCAGCAGACGACGGCGUUGCUGCAGUGUCUAUCUUGCUGCAGGAUGCUGCAGCAACUUUGCGCAGCGACCGGGAGAAGGCGAUUGAGCUGUGUCAGCACGCGCUGAGUCUGGCAGCAGCAGCAGCAGGAGUGCCGGAGUCCGCAGCAGCAGGGGCCGGGGGUUCUGGGGCGGGGUCGGACGUGGCUGCUGCUGCUGCUGCUGCUGCUGCUGCUGCAGCAGCAGGGCCGGCGCGCAGCAGCAGCGCGGCGCUGCUGCAGCAAACGCCGUCGAGGGAAGAAGCGCUGCGGCUGUACGAACAGGGCCUUUGCUGGCUAGCUGGGGUGUACGCGGAGUCGGGAGACAGCAGCAAAGUGUGCAGUUUGCUGCAGUCUUCAUUUGUGUUAUUUGGGGAUUUGCCGAAGGCCAAGACGGCGAAGUUGGCGGGGAUUCUGCAUGCGCAGGACAACGACUACCGAACAGCAUUUUCUUAUUUCUACGAAGCCUUCGAAGCUUUCAGCGGACAAGAGGCAGCUCAAGAAAGCCACAAGAGGCACCAGCAGCAAACCAAGGCUGAGGAGAAGACAGUCGCAGCAGCCGAAGCUUUUGGGGUGUCUGUACAGCUGAAGCCUUUGGGUGUCUGCACAGCUUUGGCUUGUGGGGUGUCUGUACAGCCGAAGCCUUGGGGUGUCUGCACAGCUGUGGCUGUUGGGGUGUCUGUACAGCUUUGGCUGUUGGGGUGUCUGCACAGCUGUGGCUGUUGGGGUGUCUGUACAACUGAAGGUUUUGGGUGUCUGCACAGCUGUGGCUGUGGGGUGUCUGUACAGCUGAAGCUGAAGGUUCCGGGUGUCGGUACAGCUGCGACUGGGGUGUCUGUACAGCUGAAGGUUUCGGGUGUCUGUACAGCUGUGGCUGGGGUGUCUGUACAGCUGUGGCUCUGUGGCUGUGGGGUGUCUGUACAGCUUUGGCUUACGGGGUGUCUGUACAGCUGCGACUGGGGUGUCUGGGAGAAGCGCGCGUUGGCGGUGCGUUCGUUGAGUUACAUGUUGCUGACGAAGAUUCUGAUGGGGCGUCCUGAAGACGUGCCGAGUUUGUUGUCGACGCGGCAGAGUUUGCGUUACUACUCGCCGGGGGGUGUGGGGUUGGGAUCGGGAUCGGGAUCGGGAUCGGGGGAGGCGCGGCUGGAGGCGCUGCGGCUGCUGGCGGUGUGCCACCGCGAGCAGUCGCUGAAGAUGUUUCGCGCGCUGCUGCAGCAGCAGCAGGGGCUGCUGCUGCUGCGCGGCGACCGCUUCCUGCAGCAGCACACGGAGGCCCUCUACGAGCGCCUCCUCGAGGCCGACCUCCAAAAGACCCUCCGCGCCUUCUCCCGCGUCGAACUCCCCCACCUCGCCCAGCUGCUGCACCUCCCGCUGCAGCGCCUCGAGCGCACUCUUUGCCGCCUCAUGCUCGACGGCCGGCUGCACGCCACGCUUGACCAGGAGGCCAACGUGCUGCUGCUCUUUGCGCCUCCGCAGCCGCCGCGGCUUCACCAAAACGUCCUCGCCACCGUCGCCAACAUGGCCGCCGUCGUCGACGCGCUCUACGACAAGGCCCAGCAGACCCUCUAG